UAGAAAAUGGAUAGCACAACACUAGUUGCAAACUGAAUUACAGCCACUCACCACUAAUUGAAUGCACAUAAAUUUACUGAGAUGUUUUCUUCUUGGACUAAAGAAAAAUUAUUGAAGGCUAUGUGGCCUGAUGUUAGCACAUUUCAAGCAUUCAUAAGCCAUUCUGUGAAGAAAUGGAAGCCAGAACAAAAGAAGAGUUAUUAGAAGAGCUCAGAAAAAAGGAACUUGAAAUUCAGGCUUUAAAGGAGCAGCUUAAGAACCAGAGUAAAAAUUCUGCCAAAGAUGUUGAACUCUUUACACUAAAAGAUCUUCCAUGUCACAGUUUACCGAGGACAAAUGCAGAACUAGAUAAUAAAGGUAUUGCCAGGUAUUCUCGUCAGCUGAUCCUACCAGAACUUGGACCAAAAGGGCAAAAGAAAUUACUAAGUUCUUCUGUUCUAAUUGUUGGUUGUGGUGGUUUAGGUUGCCCAGCUGCUAUCUAUCUCGCUGCUGCUGGUGUUGGGCGCAUUGGACUACUCGAUUAUGAUGUUAUUGAAAUAAGCAACCUUCAUAGACAAGUGUUACACACAGAGGAACGGAUCGGUGUACCAAAAGCCGUUUCUAUAGCACAAUCUAUUACUGCACUGAAUAAGGAUGUUGAAGUGUUACCUUAUGACUUUGUGCUAACAAGUGAAGUAGCAUUACAAUUGAUAUCAAAAUAUGAUCUCAUUCUCGAUUGUACAGACAACGUUGCCACACGAUACCUACUCAAUGAUGCUUGUGUCAUGGCAGACAAACCUCUUGUGUCUGGAUCAGCCUUAAGAUACGAAGGACAGUUGACAGUUUACCAUUACAAAGGUGGCCCAUGUUAUCGCUGCCUUCAUCCAAAACCACCACCACCAGAGACUGUAACCAACUGCUCAGAUGGAGGAGUUUUAGGUGCAGUACCAGGAACAAUUGGUUGUCUACAGGCCCUUGAAGCUAUUAAGAUUAUUACUAACAUUGGAUCACCAUUAUCUCAAAGUCUCCUUCUCUUUGAUGGCUUGUAUGGGACAUUCAGGACUGUAAAACUGCGUGGUCACAAAAGUACCUGUGAAGUGUGUGGCGAUAAUCCUACCAUCACUAAACUCAUAGAUUAUGAACAGUUUUGUGGAGCAGCAGCAACAGACAAGGAUACAGGCCUGAGCCUUCUUGCCAGAGAAAAGAGAAUUACAGUAGAGGAAUAUAAAUCCAUCAGAGAUUCAAACACCCCACACAUACUUGUUGACACAAGAUUACCAGUUGAGCAAGAAAUUUGUGCAUUACCAAACAGCGUUAACAUUCCAAUGAGUCAAAUAGAGAAGGAGAAGAGUCGAGACAUCAUCCAGAGCAAUUUGGCAAGUCAUGGAACUAAGAAAGUGUUUUGCAUAUGUCGUCGAGGGAAUGAUUCACAGAAGGCAGUUUUAGAGCUGUCACAGUUAUUAGGAGAAGAAUAUGAAGUCAAAGAUGUCAUAGGAGGGCUGACAGCUUGGGCCAACAAGAUAGAUUCUUCUUACCCAGUUUAUUAAUGACAAAUAUGAGUAAUUGUCUAAAGCAUUCUCAAGGGAGCGAAUAUGAAAUUUAUGGUUGUUAUUAAGUUGAAAGUGUAUUUUUACAGGUUUUCUUAAAGUGUUUUAGUCAAGAAAUGUUAAUAAACUUUGACAAUGUCCAUUGUUUAAUUAAUUUAUAUGAAAGAUCUUAACUUUGUUACUCUGUUACUAGAUCAUUUUUAUUAAUAGCAUAUUUUACUCUUUCAAAAUUAAUAAAAUUAUGAAAAAGUGAAACAAAGAAAAUAUAUGAAUACAAAUGAAGAGCAAAGCAUUCUUCUGAAUGGAAAAAUAGAUUUGUAAUUGUGAUUUUUCAUUCUAAAUUUCUAUAAGCAUUACAUAAUACUACUUCAAAAAGGGAUUUAGUUUUAAAGUGUAAGUAAAAAAGCUCAAGGAGACCAAAAUAGUCAUAAGAGUAGUAGUGGUUGAAAAACCCACAAUGCACAAACUAGAUUUAUUGAAAUAAAUGAGACAACAGUUUUGAAAUCCUCCAGGAUGAAGAUGGAAUCCAGGUUUUUGAAACUGUGGUCUCAUUUAUUUCAAUAAAUCUAGUUUGUGCAUUGUGGGUUUUUCUACCAUUUUAUCAACACGGUAGUUUUUUUCCAUUCACAGUCAUGAGAGUAGAAAAAGGUGUAAAUGAGAAUGAACAUCUUCACAUUACAAGAGAUGUAAGUGCCUGGUUUUGAUUGUAUCUUCAGAAAUGUCUUACACCUGCUGUGCAUUUUGAUGCUUUCUCUACCAUAUCUUUAUGAUGCAAAUAUAUUAAACAAAUUAACCAAAAAGAGUCCUUGCUGUUAAACUGAAAACGUACAGUGAAAUGACAGGUGAUGAUAUAUGUGAUUUUUCACUGAUAUGAAAUAGUUUUUUCAUAAUAAAAUAUCACACAAGUGUUGGGAUAAGCAUAAGUAGGUAUAGUGAAUGCAAGCAACCUGACUUUUACAGAUUAUAAUUAGAUUUUGCCAUAAAAUUCACAUAUGCAUUUGAUGGUUAAUGGUUAAUGCUUUGAACACAUAAAUGUGCCAGACGUCAAAGGUCUGAUUGCACUAUGGUAAAAGUAUUGUGGUGAAAAGGAUUUAAUGGAGUUUAUUAGAACAAAAUGUCUUGGGUUUUAACGGUCAUAUGAGUUUGAAACCAGCAAUAACUGAGAAUGUUCCCUCUGAUCUCACCACCUGGGCAGUCCCCUGAUCAGACAGGAUGCAAAAAUAUUGUUAUUCGGGACAUUAAGUUUUUCUUUUCUUUUUUUAAAUAUUAUAAUUACAUAAAGACAUGAAUAAAAUUAGAAAUUAAAGUUGAUUUGCUGCUCAAGACAGCAAAAAUGUUUCAUGCCUUAAGUAAAUAAAAUAUGACAAGUCAGGUUUCAGCUGAGAAUGUGUUUUUCGUAAUUCAUAAAACAUCAGUUUGUCAUGGUAUUGUAGCCGACCCCCGCAACCUGCAGCGCGGCACACUUCCCCCAGGUUGGGUCCAGGUCCACAGUCUGUCCUCUCGCCCUCACUAUCAGCAGCUUCUCAAAGACGCAUAACGAGACCCGAUUGGUUGACACCGGACACAUCACGGCUCACCUAUUGGACCACAGGCUCCCCUCGUUCCCUGGUAGCUGGCACAGCUCAGCCCUACCUAAGCUCCAGCGUCCGGGCCGAGUUCAGCACUCACCGAUCCUCCAGCAGAGCAAGACACAGCAGCAAGCAACCAGGACUACCCAGGCCUUAGUCAUUGGGGGAGCCGCCUCGGUUCUCCCCAUCGAUCUCCAGCACCCAGCCAUACCUGUGGGCACUCACACCCACACACAAAAGCUCCUUAAAGAGAUGAUUGACACCAGUCUAUGGCGGAUGCAAAUCCAUUGCUACAGUAUCUCACAAUUCAAUUGUCUGACACCACUAGCACAAAAACAUAUUUGUGUUACAGCCUGUGCCUUACAUUUCUAUAAUUUUUUAAAGGUAUUUAUGAACACUAUUUCUGAGUAUAUUCAAUGUUAUAUUGCUUCAAGAAGACAAAUAAAAUUGUAAUUUGCA